GAUGUGGUUAACAUAUGUGAAGCCAGCACCUAUGCCUGAUAUCUGGAAGAAUUCCAUUAUGUUCUCCCACAGAAAAUGAAAGAUACCACAAGGAGAAUUAGGUGUUAAGUGGGCCUAGGAACAUUUUUCACAGAAUUCUGAUUCAAGGAAGAGAAGAAUAUAGUGCAGUUACAUGCUGGACAAGAGAUAUGCAGCUCAUCUUUAUUCUUCAACAUAUUAUUGAAGAAGAAAAAAUAUACAAGUUUAUUUGGAGAAAACCUAUGAUUAAGAAAAUAAGGUUGAGCUAUGGGAUAUUUUGCAAGAGUAUGUUGAAAGUUGGUUGCCGAAUGCAAUAAACAUUAUACAGUUGAAGUAAAAUCUGUGUGAAAAUAAAUAAAAUGCUUAAUCAGCAUUUCAGCAUUAUGCAAGUGGUAAGAAUGUCUCAUUAUUUAAUAUGUUUGUGGUGAUGUUAAAGAUAUGUUGGUUGAGCAUGUGAAUUUGUAUACUUUGUAUGUAGAAAAUGCCUUGUUGGCUGAGAAAUUGAUUUGUAGCAAGUGCUAAAUUGUACAGUACACAUGCAUUGAGGAGUUUUGAUCUGAAAAUUAAUGUUUUAAAUAUAAAAGUACUUUUUUACAGAGAAAAUAGGAUGAAUGAUUGUAAAUUAUAUGGCAAAAAAUAGUAAAUUGAUGUUGUAUAUCAUGUUAAAAUAUUUAUUGAAAAUUGGGAUAUGGACAAAUCUUAAAACAUGUAAUAGAAAGGUAGUAGGUUGCAUUUGAUCUAUGGUGAAGAAUGAAUGUUUGCCAAAAGAAGCAAAAAUGACUGAAUAACAGCAUGCUUUUGCCCAUUUAGUUGUAUGGAAGCUAGAGCUGGAUAUGUGAAGAGGAACAUAACAAUCACUUGAAUGCAGUGGGAAUAGGAUACUUAAGUGUGGCUACAUCAAAAAGAGAUGGAGUCAAAAAUGAAUGAGUGAUGGAUGACUGUGUAUUGAAUUCAAAAGUGAGUGACCAAUAUGAAAAAAAAUACACUGAAAUGGUUUAGACAUGCAGAGAGUAAAUGAAGAUUGAAUUACAAAACAAAUAUAUGAAGAACAAACAAAUGACUUGAGAGGAAGGGGAAGACCAAGAAAGUUAUGGUUGGGUGGAGCUGAUGAGGGCUGAAGUACAAAAAGCAAUAUAUGAAUCAGUGUAUGGGAGAGGCAGGGGUGGUUUUCAAGGAUAGGAAAGUAUGUUGAGUAUAAUGAAUAGUGUUAGUGUAACAUAAUUUUAGCUAUGCUUUUUUCUGUUUCAUGUUAAUUUAAUUUACUCUGCUUGCUCCUUCUUCUUUUGCAUAAUUUUAUUCUACCACAAAAGGGAAUAAUGUAGUAAAUACUGUAUAUAUUUAUGUGAAGAUGUAUUGAUGGCUUCAGAAUGUGGUUUGUGAUGGUGGCUUUUUGAUCUUAGAGAGAAGAUGAGUGAAUCCAGUGCAAAAUCAAGCCAGGCCCUGUCUGGUAAACAAGACAAGGAUGUUUCAGAGAAGAGAGGACGAGGUCGGCCCAGGAAGCAACCCAAGCAAGAACCCAGUGAGGCACCAAUAGCUAAGAGACCACGUGGUAGACCAAAGGGGAGCAAAAACAAGGCCACUUCAAAGGGAAGGAAAGCUGCUGUAACAACACCUGGAAGGAAGCCUCGAGGUCGACCGAAAAAAUCAGAGAAAGAUGAAGAAGAGGUCAACAUCUCCCAGGAGUCUUCAGAAGAGGAACAAUGAGAAUAGCCGACUGAUUCUACCUCACAGCUCAGUUUUCCUAUUUCUUGUCAAGUUCUGGGACUGAGGAAAGAACGAAGAAUCCUCACCCCUUUCCUGACCUGAUCUUUCCAACGUUCUCACAGUCAAAACAGCAACACUAGGGUACAGUGUAAAACAGAUCAACCAUCAUAUUUGAUGUGUAAUGUUUAAUGGGAGAACUUUAUAUUUUGUUUUCCCCUCUCAUUUGACAGGGUUAAGUGUUUAGCCUACCAAUUCAUGUAAUUCUGUAUUAUAUCUGUUUGAUCUAUUUCUCCAGAACACUCCUUAUCAAGAAAGGGGUUUAUAAAUCUUUAUAGUGACCACUUAUUCAUGUUGAAAAGAGUGGACAGCCUAGUUCUUCCUAAUCAAUCCUAAUUUCCACUUUAGAGAGACCAUAAUACUCUCCAAAAGGAUAACUUGGCACUGGCAGAAAGUUUGCCGAGGAGGAAGAUUUGAGAGCAUUGUUAUUUUAUUUUUUUCUGGGAAAUGAGUAUAAUGGGAUAAAAUGCCACAACAUUAAAAGGAUGGAUACAUUAUUUUUUACUACUGUAAGGUAUUUGCGAGAAUAAUUGAGAGGAAGUUGUCCUAUCCUUUUCACCCAAUUUCCAAUAGUUCAAGAAUAUAGUGCUUUGCAAUCGGUCUGUGUAUUCUUGUUGACCACAUGCUACCCUGCCCCAAUCAGCUGCCUUAAGGCCAGAGCAGUUACACUUGCAUAGGCUGAGGUGUUUGGGGUGAAUCUGACCUAAAUUCUCAUCUUUUCCCCAGGAACCAGAGAUCCUAUUUUUCCCCCUUUUCCAUUUCCAUCUGUCCCAGCUGCCAGUGCACAAAUGGAGCGUACAACUGAAAUGUUUUUCACUUGGUGCUCAGUCAUUCUGCACAGAAAUUAUAUUGAACAAGACUUUGCCAUGACCAAGGAAAGCAGGAUGGCAAAAUUCUCUCCCUUCGUGGUCUCUCUUUGGGUUUUUGUGAUUUUUCUCUUUUGGAAAUAGCAGUUAGCAGUUGACAGUUGUCUUUCCAUUAUAUAUUGUUUGUCAAGGUUUUCCUUCUUAAUUCACAACUACCUCUGGAUACGUUUGAGUUUCAUUCUCUUAAAACAUAGAUUGCUGCUGUUUGUUGCUGCUGUACUGAUUACAAAGUUUUAUUUCAACAGGUUCUGUCUGGUUUUUCUCUGGAACUGACAUUUUACACUACAGAUAAUUUCAUUUCAGUUGACUUUUAAAACUGUUGUGCUAUUAAAAAGGGAUAAAAGCUCUUAUUUGUCAGACUGAUGAAUGAUUGGGGAGAGGGAGGUUGUGAAAGUGGACAUUAUUGUAAAUACUAGGCUCUACUAUGGAAACCCCAAUCACAAAUAACUUCUGAAAGUAUAGAUAUGAUUUCUUUAUACUACUUUUUUUCAAAACAUACCCAUUCUUUCUAUCGGGGCUUUUUUUUUUCUUUUUAAAGCUGUAUAUUAGCUAUAUUAAGAAUUUUGAAACCUCGUGGUAAGUAUUCCCUAGGUACAAUUUAACAGAAAGCAAACUGGUCAGAAUGCUUCUCACCAACUCCUUUUAUACCACUCUAGCUUAGCUUUUGUCUUUUCUCUGGAAAGUGAAAACUUCCAAAUAAAGCAUUGGACUACAA